CCGACAAAUUCAAAAAUGUACUCAAAAUGGAUAAAGAGGUAAAGGAGGAAUGUAAACAAAAAAGAAUACAGAGUAAAAAAGUUGCAGCUUCAAAAAUGGCUAAUUGGUCUUCAGAUGGUUCGGAAGAGGAAAGCGAAACUGAAAGAAAAGUUAAAUCAAAAGCUAGCUUUAGUAAGAAACAGGGCUUAGAUUCAGAUGAAACCGAAGAAGAAUUUUUUAAAUGCAAGCCUGAAACAAAGAAAAUUAAACAAAAGUUGUACAAACGAGACAAAUUCAUUGAAGAAUCAGAUGAGAGUGAAGAAAAUAUUAAAAGAUAUUCUAAGCCAAAGAAACUACAAGCUGUAACAGAUGACUCUGAAGGUGAAGAUAUUAUGCCACGAAAGAGGAGGAGUAAGAAACGCCAACAUCAGAGAUUUCUUGACUCUUCAUCAGAUGACAGUGACGAAGAUCAGCCACGUCGCAGCACCAAGGGUCAAAGGAUGCCUAGGUAUAUUCCAAAAAGCAUUUCUUAUGACGGGAAGAGUAAUUUUGCUGCAUUCAAAAUGAAGUUCGAGCAGUAUGUUAAGGCAUAUAGUUUGACGGAGGAAGAAUGCAAGAAUUGUUUGUGUUGGUGCCUUACUGGAAAAGCAGCAGAGUACUUCACACUCACAAUGGAGGUCAACAACAGUCUGUCGUACAGACAAUUGAUCAAAAAGUUAGAACAGAGAUUUGGGUCCAGGGAGUUGGCCGAAACAGCCAAUGUAAGAUUUCAGCAGGCUUGCCAAGGUCUAGAUGAAAGCCUUGAAGAUUGGGCGGACCGUGUUCUAACUCUAGCGACAAAGGCAUUCAGAGAAGUUCCGGACAAAUACGCUAACCAGCAGGCAAUCACCCGAUUCUGUUCAGGUUUAUAUGAUAAACCAUCGGCUCAGAACGCUUGUGUCCAGAGACAUAAAACAAUGGAGGGUGCCAUAGAUUAUGUGAAGUGGUACCAACAUGUACACCAGGCAGUUUAUGGAAAAUCCAAGCCCACGCGUUUUACGCGUGAAGAUCCUCCACAUGUGUAUGAGACAAGUGCGGUUCAACAAGGAGUUUCGGGUCAGCAGUUCCAGGAAAUGAUGAACUUGCUUAAAGAAACGCGUGUUACGCGUGACAAGGCGAAAGAUCAUCUUCAGGUUAUUCCUCAAGGUGCAUCUAACGAUCAGUUUAGACAGAUGAUGGACAUGCUAAAGGAGAUGUCAUCAGGUACUGGCGUUGGACGUGGUCGAGGGAGAGGGACUGCACGGAAAGAUGGUUGUUUUCAUUGUGGGCAGCCAGGUCACAUUAGGUUACGUUGUCCAUUACGUUUAGCAGAAAGGACAUGUUACAAGUGUAACAAGCAAGGGCACAUACAAAGAGAUUGCCCUGAGAAUGGUAACGGAACAAAUAAUUUAAACUGGAGCCCAGUCAGCAUAGCCAAAUCGGAUAGAUAUCGGUAACUGAACGGAAUAUCGGCAUAACGGUCCGAUGUCUAUCCGAUGUCUAUCCGAUAUUCACCACUGAUCCAUAUUUUAAAAUAAUAUAAUUUAGCAGUUGUGGAAAAUUGAAAAAGUGUAGAUAAAACUUUGAAUUUAAUAAUUACCUUUAAGAGUUUAUAACUAUCUUAUUAUUGAAUAUAUAUCCGUCGUCGGCACGAUCCUGGACCGUCAUCGGUUUUUUUUCUUUCCGUUCAUUAGGUUCAAUAAUUUUCGUUGGAUUGUUUCCUUAAACUGGCGCAAAAAUCAGACAACGAAUCAAAACGAAAACGUAAGCAUUGUGUGUUAAAUUUACAUCAAAUAAAAUCUUGUAAUCAACUUUUAAAACCAAACGGAAGGCAUUUGUUUAUUUAAGCUGCAUAAAGUUACCGCUAUUGCAGGCACAGCAUGUGUUUUUGUUUGCAUUACAUCUUUGUAAUUAGUUUUCGCGAAUUUUGAUAUUAGUAAAGACUUUUUUUUUUGCCCUUUUUAUUUAUUUUGAAGUAUUCUCAUUCAUAGAAAAAUAUUGAAAAUGAGUUCUUAUUGGUCUAAACGCAGAAGAGUUGUUUCAUCAGUCAAUUUGCAUGUACAAGCUUUAAAUAAUUUAGAUGAAGAUGUAGGUCUGGCUAAUCAAGAGGCCGAUGAGGAGUCUCUUACUGAAUCUAGCCCAAAUUUAGAAAAUCCACAGCAGACAUAUGACAAUGAACAAUUCACAGCUUCUGUAGAUGAUUCUGUAGAUUUAAAUAAUGAGAAUAUAUCAAAUA